UUUCUCCACCAGACAGCGUUCGCGUGUCAGCAUCAGGCGCCCCUCGGUAUAGUAUCAACCUGGCGCCUUAAAGCCCUCAGCAAUUCAACCCACCGUCAGCUUGUCAGUUAGUGCCGCGGCGCCUUCGAGGACGGAGGUAUCGAUGUGUCCUCAUAUUUUAUUUACACGAACCAUCGUGCACAGUAAAUGUCAAUAACGCAAAAAAAAAGAAAAAUUGUUUUUAAAAAUUAUAGAGAAGAAAAAUAUAUUUAUUCAUUUUCUUUUCCUUCCCUUCCUUCUCCCGAUAUCAAUCAAUCAUUCAAAUUAAACGAAGUUCCAUGAGAAGUGAUCCGUUUCACUAUGCUAUAAAAAAAUGAAAAAAAUUCGAUUUCAACAAAAUUAAAAGAAUGAUUAAAUAGUUAUACUUCGAUAAUUAUUAUUUUAUUUUUUGUCAUAUUUUUUUUUUUCUGUGAAAUUUUAUUGGAUAUAAUUAAGCGUGCUUCGGAUUUUUAUUUUCUACCAUCGAUCCGGACUUUCUAUAUUUUCUUUUUUUCAUGUGUGUGUAAUUAAAAAGUUAUGUAAAUUAAUUAUCGGCUAAUUAUAUACGUAUACGUAUUAAUUAGAAGUUUGCGAUCAUUAUAAAGUUGUCGCUCAAGUGUUGUAUACUAUAAAAAAAUUUUUUUUUUUUUUUUUUCGCACCCUUUUGCUAUACAUGAAGUAUAUAAAUAUAUACGUAUAAUAAAACGCAGUGUGUGUGUGAGUGCAAUCGUUUUUUAUACACAUCGAAAGUUUGGAUACCAAGUGUCAAAGUGGCGGUUAUGAAAGUUCGAUGACUACCGUUCUCCUACCCUGCAAGAUCACCGGAUUUAAGAUCAUGGACGACAUGAGAAUGAAGAUGAUCAUUCUUCUACUCUGUCUUCUUUGUUCUUGCGGGGGACGCGCCGUUGACACGUCUCAGUGCAUCGCACCGCUGGGUAUGGAAUCCGGUACGAUUCCUGACCUCGACAUAACUGCCAGUUCGAGUUUCGAGAGUGGAAACGUGGGCCCGCAUCGUGGACGACUACGCCAGGAGAACCACGGAGGUGCUUGGUGCCCGAAACAGCAAAUCACCACCGAACCGCGAGAGUGGCUCGAGAUCGAUUUGCACACGGUUCACAUGAUCACAGCGACCGCUACUCAAGGACGUUUCGGUAACGGCCAAGGCGUCGAAUUCGCCGAAGGUUAUCUCCUGGACUACUGGCGACCGAAACUCGGCAAAUGGGUCCGAUACAGAGACGUCAAAGGGGAAGAGGUAAUCGAGGGGAACACCAACACCUACCUGGAAUCGAAACGCGACCUCGAACCGCCCCUCUGGGCGAGCAAGAUCAGAUUCCUGCCGUACAGUUACCACAGACGAACCGUCUGCAUGAGGGUAGAGAUAUACGGAUGCCCGUGGAACGACGGUAUCGUCUCGUACUCGAUGCCGCAAGGCGACAAAAGAGGGAAUUGGGAAUUCUUCGACGCCACUUACGACGGGCAUUGGGACGGCGUGCAGCUUCUGAGGGGUCUCGGACAACUCACCGACGGAAGAACCGGACCCGACAAUUAUAAAAUGGCCUACUACGACUCGGACAGGGGCCAGGGCUGGGUGGGAUGGAGGAACGACACCCGAGCCGGACACCCCGUUGAAAUAAAAUUCGAGUUCGAUCAGGUCCGGGAGUUUUCGGCCGUUCACAUAUUCUGCAACAACCAGUUCACCAAGGAAAUUCAGGUAUUCGCCGAAGUCAACGUGCUCUUCAGUUUCGGCGGUAAAUAUUACACGGGCGAUCCCAUAGUGUGGACGUCGAUGGAGGACAGAAUAUUCGAAACGUCGCGAAACAUAACGAUAAAACUUCAUCACCGUAUAGGGAAAUUUGCAAAAUUAAGAUUUACCUUCGCCGCGAAAUGGAUGAUGAUCAGCGAGAUUACUUUCGAUUCCGACAUCGCCCACGGUAACUUUACCCCGGAAACGCCUCCGUCUACCCAAGCGACGUACUCAAAAGACCGCGGAAAUUCAGCCCGAGACACGCCGCUUCAAGCCGAAGUUCCGGUAUCAACGGCGAAGCAGGACGACCCGACGUACAUGGCGGUGAUAAUCGGCGUCCUGACCGCCGUUAUCCUCCUACUCGCCGUAGCGAUAUUCUUAAUAGUGUCACGGCACAGGCAGAGAAAAAAUUUCGCCAGUCCUUUGGGCGCGAAGGGAGCAAUUCCUUCGGGAAACCAUCAGCAUCUGUCACCGGAAUCAGCCUACGGUACAACCGAAAAAGAUCCUUCGCUGAUGACCUACAGGGUGGAAGAACUCGACGAUAGGUACGCCGGUGCGAAAUUAACCACGUUACCGAGGGACCUGAACGACCGUCUUCUGGGCGACGUCAGACUCGACGAGUACCAGGAACCCUUUCACGACAAAUACAGGGAACCUCCACACGCCGCGUAUUACGGUUACAGCACGGUCGUCAUAGACAACAAGGACCUCCACGACAACGUAGAACAUUCCGAUGCCACUUACGACUACGCCGUACCGAUGCCGGUCCCGAGUGUCAGCAGUGACCAGGAUAGCGUAUUUUCAAAGUCUUCUUCGAGGGGCAGCGCGAAGGCGUGCUUACAGAGUUUCUUUCCGCCUCCUCCGCCGCCAAUGUGCGCUCCACCCCCGAGGGGAUCAAACAAUCUAACGUACUCAAGUCCUCCGAGUCCCGAGCCGAUUUCGGAGCGCGAAAGACGCGGUAGUAAACGCCGGGAGCAUUCCCUGCAUCGUUACGCAUAGAGAAAUACAAAAAGAGAAAUAGCAAGAAAGAAAGAAAGAGAGAAGAAAAAAAAUUCAAACAAAAGAGAAUAGAAGAACGAGAAAGGAAACCUUAUAGACGUUAAAGUACCACGUUGCCCGAGGUCCUCGAGCAGCAUCCAGCAAUCGGGUGGAAAAGAAAAAAAAAAGGAGGAAAUUCAUCGCCCUACGACAGGGGAGGAGAAUAUAGUUGAAAAAGGACGAUGAAGUGUCCCAUCUUCAGUUCCUGGAGGAAAGGCGGAGGAAAAAGAAAAGAAAUAAAGGAGGGUGCAGCGGGAGUGGAAGGAUCUGUAUAAGAGGCUGAGAACGUGACCGAGUUCCGAUGUGAUCCGUACAAUUUUCGUGGAUCAAAAGUUUUCUUAUUUUUUUUUUUUAUUUUUUUUUUUUUCAAGAAAAACUGCGCACCGGUAGCCGCGAUUGUAAGUCGAGGAGAUAAACCUCUUGAGUGUAUCGAGGCCCGGCGUAUCCGAUACCCCCUUAUUCUUUUUCCUUCCCUGGUAUAAAAUUCACCCGAAUUUUUUAUUACCCUCAUCCCCAUACAUUAUACUAUAGCCCAAUGUUACGAAAAUGACAGAAAUAAGAUAAGAAUGAACAAAAAAUUGACUCCUAUAUGAUAUAAAAAUUAAUCGUUUAAUUAUAUAGUAGGACGACGGUGAGUUUCUCGCGAAGAGAUAUUACGGUAUAAACUAUAUUAUUAUAACAUAUAUAUUUAAGUGAGACAAGAAAUUUCACACAAAGACUGACGUCACUGCAUUUUUUUAUGUGUAUAUAUAUGUAUAUUUAAAAAAAAAGUUUUUAGUUUUUUUUUUGGAACCCACCCUGUUAUCUAUACUCGCGAUACAUAAUUAGGGAGGGGGGGAGGAACAAUCGAACAAUAUACGCGCUAUUCGACGUGAGUAGGAUUAUGAAGAAUUUAAUAAAAAAAAUAUGCAAUUAUAUUAUUUAUAUACCUUUGAUCGAUAUAAAUAUAUAAAUGAUUAAAUAUUAUAGAUAUAUAUCGCGUAGAAAUAUAAAAUUUCCGUUGAUGUAUGUAUUUGAUAUCGCAUUCUAAUUUUUUUACUUCACUCAUUUGCCUUUCUCACGAUAGAAAAAAUAAGACUUACAUUGGUUUCUUCUUCGUCAAAUUUUCGCAACGAACGCGCGCUGAUCUCAGCUUAACCGAGCUCCUUUCGAUUUCUUUUUUGGUCCUUUUUUUUUUACCUACGAAUACGAUAAUAUUAAGCAAAAGUUCAACGAUGAGAACAAUCGAUAUCGUUUCUUAUUUCCAAAUCGUUUUUUCUUCUCUUCCGUUUUUCGAAAUCAUAUAUUUUUUAAAUCUAUCUGCCGACAUCGCCUUCAUGCAACGAAGAAAUCCAAAGUCCAGUGUAGGAAUCGACAAUACAGGGAUGAGACAACAAUAACAAUAAAAACAAUAAGAGAGAAUAAAUGAAUAAAAUGAGAAGACAAUGAAAUUAAAAGAGAAAAAACUAAGAAUAAAAAAAUGAAAUUUGUAUUUAAAUAUAUGUACGUGACCCCCGACCACAUUGUGAUAACAAAACGACAAGAUUUCACGUUCUUACACAUAUUAUAAUAACGCUAUAUCUUUAUCGUAUUUUAUCCUUAAACAUAGAAAAAAGAAGAGAAAAAUUGAAAAUAAAAAAUAUCCUACUAAAAGCUUCGUAACUGAAACUAUAUCUAACGAGAGAUGAAAAAAUUUACAACGACUCUACGUAAACUCACGCAGCUAUAUCGAAUAAACUAUAGAUGAAAACGAUUUAAUAAAUAAAAUUGAAUUGAAAAAAAAAAAAAAAAAAAAA